CAUGGCAGAGCAGAACUCCAUCGUCCUCCUGUUCGUCUGGCUGCUUUUCCAGCAUGACUAAAGAGGGAACUGAUUUCUGCUGUUAUAAAGAAAAGUGGCCCUGAAAGUGCAGCCUCUGGCUCUGCAGGAACACCCUACUCCCCCACAGGGGCGCUACUUCAGGAGACACUGUGGUUCGUAUCGAAGGGUUCAGGCUAGAGGACUUGUUUGGAGGACUUAAUGAAACUCAUAUUUUAUCAUGAAUUACAAUGAAAAGUGGAUCAAAUUCAUACACGUAAUAUCAACAAAGUGCCACCGUAUAUUCUUUUUAUUUUUGUGAAAUCUUUAUAUUGAUGAAAAACUGUUUCACAGAAUCUCUGCACAGUGUGAACACUGAGUUUAUUAUAGGCACAACACACAUCUUUAUAUUAAAGCCACACACUGUGACAACAAAUGCACAAAUCUGCAACACCUGAGACAAAUCUUAUAUAAAUACACGAAGCAGUUACUACAUCAGCAAUCGGACAUCCUGCUGUAUAUUCUGGGCAAGGCUUGGCUAGUCUGCGUGUGUUUUUGCAUGUGUGUGUGAGGGUCCUCUGGCUAUUCCUCUGCUGAACCCCACCCAGAGCACAGUCAACCAGCAGAUGAACAGCAGCACCUCUCUGCACGGCUUCACACAACCAUUUACAGGGCACGAUGAAGCUGUUGGUCUGGCUCAGUAUUCUCCUCUGCCUCUUUGCCUGUCAUUUCAUAGAGGCCAGAGUCAUCCCAGAAGGAGUACCAUACGAUGAACCACCAGCUGUUCCCUACUGGCCUUACUCCACCUCUGACUUCUGGAACUACAUCGAAUACUUCAAAUCUAUCGGCGCCUACAACCACAUCAACGAGAUGGCCCGGGCUUUCUUUGCCCACCAGCCCAUCGGAGACACCCUGGGAUACGAGACCAAUGCAGGACACGAACACUGAGAGGGGUGGAAGGAGCCAGAGGGGAAGAAAUGGUAGAAAGGGAGCUAUUAAAAAGAAAUGCUUUUCUUAGGUGAAGGAAAAUGGUAGCAUAAACAAAACUUACUUUUUUUUUCUAAAUAUAACACUGUGUGUAUUUUUAUAGCACACAUGUAGAAUUCAGAGGUAGAGAAAGUAGAUCUUCUUUAGGAUUGUAUAUCUUCAUGUAAUAUGCCACAAAUAAAAAUGUUUCAAAUAUA